AUGCGCAUCAUGGCACCCAUCAUCCACAUCAUCGACCCGGAUCCGGAUACGGUCAUAGUGCUCAAGAACCCGUGUACGAUCUUCGCGCGUUGGGAGCCAGAACGGGGACAACCAAAUGAUCUCGACGACUGGGGUUCCUGGGGAGCUGUGAUUCCCGGCAAGAAGAAGAAGGAGACGAUGAAGGAAAAGAGGGCGAGGAUGAAGGCGGAGAAGGCGAAGAAAGCUGUUCUAAUUUUCGAGAGCGCUGAGAGCAGCGAUGUGUUUGCUUUGGACGACGGUUCUACCGCGCCUGCAGAGGCUUCAUCUGCCAUCCAGCAUUCGUCGCCACCAAUUGCACCGGAAGAGCCCGGAGAGCCUGAAGAGCAGUCAAUCCACUAUCACGUGUCCUCACGCCACUUGAUGCUCGCAUCCUCCACCUUCAAGCGAAUGCUGGCACAAGACGGCUUCGCCGAGUCUGUGCGCAACGAAGUCGAUGGCCUUUACCACAUAAUGGCCCACGAUUGGGACCCUGAAGCAUUUCUCAUCGUCUUGCGGAUUAUCCAUGGACGCAACAAGCAGGUUCCACGGGAGAUAACGCUCGAAAUGCUGGCCAAGAUUGCUGUUCUGGAGGACUACUACGACUUCGGAGAGGCUCUCGAUGUGUUCACUGAAAUGAACUCGACUCUGCAAACCUCCCUGAACUUCGACAAUGCCACGAUGAGCGAAAGCCAGAAGCUCCUGCAUGAGCAUCCUUCCGACAGCGACUCAGAACCCGAACACGAGCGCAAACCAAGUCCGCGACACCUGUCUCCAUCGCCCUCGUCAUCGCGAACCACCUCCGCGUCUCCAGCACCACCGGGGUCACGUCCAAAUGGCAACAUUAAGCGCCAGUCGUCGUUUGCACAAGCUCGGCCUGAUGGAGCACCGAGAACGCCCAAUCGGGUGCGCUUCGAGGAACCCAGGAGGAGCAUGAAUGGAGACAACAAUGGCGGCGACUGGCUCGAGCUGGAUGGGGACGACUACUUGGAUGGCGGCGAUGGACGAGAAAGAACGCAGCGACUUCCUCUACUUACUGGAAUCGAGGCGCCGAGUGUCACAGUCGCCGAAGAAUCCUUCAACCCGGAAGACCAUCUCGAGAAUGCGCGACCACGGAGCGGGAUGCGGAGCGCGUUCAUGAACAUGGCAAACAGUAUAAUAGGAGCUGGUAUCAUCGGCCAACCAUACGCUGUUCGCAACGCCGGCCUCGUGACAGGCACCGCCCUCCUCAUCGGCCUUACCAUCGUGGUAGACUGGACCAUACGGCUCAUCGUCAUAAACUCCAAGCUCAGCGGCACCGACUCGUUUCAAGCCACGGUACAACACUGCUUCGGCAAAUCGGGGUUAAUAGCGAUAUCUCUCGCGCAAUGGCUCUUACGGGCCAUCAUGAUCCUGCUCAUUCUUGGCAUAUCCUUUCCACUGUCGCUCUAUCGGGAUAUAUCCAAGCUGGCCAAAGCAAGUGGUCUAGCACUGGUCAGCAUGACCAUCAUCAUAGUGACCGUAGUCACGCAAGCCUUCCGCGUACCCGCCGAACUGAAGGGCCAACUCCGCGGCAACCUCAUCAUCCGCCCCGGCAUCUUCGAAGCAAUUGGCGUAAUCGCUUUCGCCUUCGUCUGCCACCACAACAGCCUCCUCAUCUACGGCUCCCUCCGCAAACCUACGAUCGAUCGAUUUACACGCGUUACACACUACAGCACCAGUAUAUCUUUAGUCGCAUGUCUUGUCAUGGCUCUAACAGGCUACUUGACCUUCGGAGACAAAACCCUCGGCAACGUGCUGAAUAACUUUCCGAAUGAUAACCUCAUGGUCAAUAUUGCGCGACUGUGUUUCGGCCUCAACAUGCUUACUACGCUUCCGCUCGAAGCCUUUGUAUGUCGAGAAGUCAUGACCAACUAUUGGUUUCCAGACGAGCCGUACCACCCGAACCGCCAUCUCAUCUUCACGACUUCGCUCGUCGUCUCCGCCCUCACACUCUCCCUCCUCACCUGCGAUCUCGGUAUAGUGUUCGAACUGUUCGGCGCAACUUCUGCAUGCGCAUUGGCGUUCAUCCUGCCGCCUCUGUGCUACAUGAAGCUAAGCCAAAGAAGCUGGAAGACGUACUUGGCUGGGGCUGUUGCGGCAUUUGGAGGUAUCGUUAUGGUCAUCAGCAUCAUUAAGACGACGAGCAAAACGAUGAUGGGUAACAGUGAAGGGGCCAAAUGUAGUUGA